AUGCUUCAUUCAGCCUCUUGCGUCCCAGCUACUCUCGAAGGUUCCGACGGCUCCACGCGAAGCCUCCUGCCGUUUAGUACAAGACCGCCCCGGACAUCGGCCUCAGGGCCAGCUUCAGCUGACUCGAAAAGGCCUCUAGCCCCGGCAACUGUGACCUCGAACGACCGGGUUGCCGGCCUACUGGCCUUAGAGGCUGGUGGCGACAUUCAACCCGAGGAUGAAGAGCAUGACGCUACACUACGUCGUCUCGGCGCCUCUGUACGGGCAAUGCUCAGCUCUCCGGCCAAUCUGGCAAACUAUCUUGAUCUACAACUGCUUCGCCAGCGUCUGGAUGACGCAAUCCGGCAACACAUCGAGCGCCAACACGAGAGACAGCUGCAACAGCAGCAUUGUGAAGACCCUGCUGGCACUCGUUCUCAGCCCAACAACACGGUCGACCUUUUGUCUCUCUCUAAUAUGGAGGCCAUCAAGCGCUUAAAAGGUAUUAGG